GAUUUUAUCCUGUCGAGAUGCCCCGUAACUAUUGAUAUUUGUUCAUUACUGUUUGGUUAACCAUUGGAGCUGAGUUUUAAAGUGAAGUUAUUCUGAUUACUGCACAAAAAGUUUCUAAUUUGCAAUGCCGCAUUUAAUACAAGAUUCCAAUGAUUUGAAGAAUCAACUUAAAGAGGCUGGAGCGAAGUUAGUUGUAAUUGAUUUCUUUGCAACUUGGUGUGGCCCAUGUAAAAUUAUCGCUCCUCGGCUAGAGGAAUUGGCAAAAGAGUACGAAGGAAAAGUCGUUGUAUUAAAGGUUGAUGUGGAUGAAUGUGAAGACAUUGCCAUGGAGUACAACAUCUGUAGCAUGCCAACUUUUGUAUUUAUUAAAGGAAGUCAACAGAUAUGUUCCUUUGCAGGGGCAAAUCCCGAAAAAUUAGYUGAUUACGUGGAGAAGAAUGCAUAAAUUUAAAUUCGAAUUUAUUGUAUUUAAUUUUUUUUUAUGCUGUAAAGUUUCCAAUUUUAAUUUUGAACA